AUGCCGAAAAAUCACCACAAGAAAUCGGGCACACAUUCGGCGGCUGCGUCGAAAUCCCCCAAACGACGACGGUCCACGCACGGGUCCACGAAAAGCUCCGAGGCCUCGCUCGCCUCGACCACCGAAGAACAUUCGGAGGACUUGGCCGAAUCACGGCCCUCUCAUCCUGCGCCGGCGCAACAGCAACAACCCCAGCAAGAGCAGCAACCUCAGCAUCAGCAGCAACCCCAGCAUCAUCAGCAACCCCAACAUCAGCAGCAACCCCAACAUCAGCAGCAACCCCAGCAUCAUCAGCAACCCCAGCAGCAGCAGCAGCAGCAAAUACAGCAGGUUCCCAUGUAUUACCAGGCCCACACGCCCAUGCUACCGAUGCAAGAUGGCAUGCAGGGUCGCGUGUUCGUGGACCCGAACGACCCAAACACGUUGCACUACGAGGGCUUCGACCCCGGCGCCCGAUUCUCCAACCUGGCACCGCCUCGAGUGCCCCCACCGCCACCGGGGGUGAUGCCCAACCCGGCCCAGUUGGCCCUCAUGCAGGGCCGCAACGUCGUGGUCACACAGCGCAAGGCCAACGUCAUCUCGGGUGGAUCCAGCGGCGGCGUGGACACGAGCUGCACGCUGCAGUGACGUCACGGUCGCCCGCUGCCACGAAUGCCUUAUUUAAAUUCGUGCAGCAAUUGAAAUCUCGCAACUGCACGGCCACAUUCGAUACAGUAAAUUGCUUGCAUCUCUAAUGCUUCUACACUUUUGCUCGGAAAUCCAAAUAAGAUGUUCAUGGGGAAGAUGGAAUCUUGAAGUGAUGAAAAAUUCUUGGAACACGGGGCGUCCCUGGAGCCGCCAACGUUCCAACAAGUGAUCUUGUCUUGUCCAAGGCUGUAA